AUGUCGUAUAUAUUACUUUUUUUAUUAUUUGGUUCAAAUGUAAUGAUUUUUGCUGAACCACCUUUGAUAAUUGAUCGUAUAAAAGAACGUUUAGAAAAUUCAGCUCAACAAUUAUCAAUAGAAAAACUUGUCGAAUUACCUAAUGCUACAUCUUAUUUAAAUAAUUAUCUUACAAAAAAUUCACCACAUAUAAUGGAUUUAAAUGAUCAAUUAACAAAAAUAAUACAAGAAUGGAGUCCACGUCUUUUAGCACUUGAUCCAACAUGUCCAUAUUAUUUUUCAAAAUUUAAUAAUAUUUCAUUACCUGAACAUGAUCGUAAUCUUCUUUCAUAUUUACAAGCAAUUGAAUCAAAGCAAACAACUGCUUAUCCAUUUGUUAAUAUUUUACCACAAUCAUAUCGUAAUGCUAUUCCACUUUUAUCGAUUUUUCGUUGUAGUGAAUUAGUUUAUUCAAAACCCAAGUUAUUUUUUCAUAAUAUUGAACUUAUUAUUGGUCCUGGUCAAGAUGAAUUAUCAUUAGAACGACAAUCAAAUAUGUUUUCACAAUUAUAUUGUUCACUUUAUGGUUGGCCACAAUUUAUUCUUAUUAAUCAAACAAAACAAUCAAUGAUUACAUAUGAUUCAGAAACUUUACUUUCACAAGAUAAUCUUGCUGAUAUUGAAUAUUUUUCAACAAGUUUAGCACCUGGUCAUUGUUUAUUUGUACCAUCUGAUUGGGUUACAGGUGCUCAACUUAAUAAUAGUAUUUCAAUAGUUUUUACAUUAAAAAAAAUUGAAAAACCAAUUGUAAAUGAAAAUAAUGAUAAUCUAUUACCAUGUACCCAUACUGGUGCAGCAGUAUUAGAAACAAUUGAAUUUACUAUUAUCGAUACAUUCAAUAUUAGUGACAUUGGUUUAAUAGUUUACUUUUAUCAAUAUCUUAAUCCUCCAAUGUUCGAUAGAGAAUAUACACGUGAAACAUUUUUUGAUCAUUUUCGAGAAGAUCAAAAUGUUUCAAAAUUAAUUAUGAACUGGACACCAGAAUUAACCAAGCUUAUUAAAAACACACUUUUUGACGACCUUGAUAUAAAUAAUGAUGGAAAAUUUAGUGCAGAUGAUUAUUUUGAUAUUAAACAAACAGGUAUGCAACGAAUACAAAAUUCUAUUUAUGAUAUACUUGAAACAUUACGUCAAAUUGUUCUUACACAAUUUAAUGAAUUAAAUGCAACAAUAAUAAAAAUGACUGAAAAAUUUGAAAAUGUUGGAAUGAACGAAAAUAUGAAUGACGAUCUUGAAGAUUUAAUUAAAAAUUUACCUGAAUCAGUUAAAGAACAAUUAAAAAAAAAUAAUGUUAGUCUUGAAGAUGCUUUACAUAAACUUAAAAAAGAUAAACCUAAACGACCAUCAAUAGAUAAACAACGUGUAAGAGAAGAUGAUGCUUCAAUACUUUUUGAAAAAGAACAACUUGAAGAAUUAAUAGAAACUCUUGAUCUUGAUCAAGAAGAAGAAAUUACAGCCGAACCAAUUAUUAAUGAAGAUGAACCUCCUCAUCGAACUGAUCUAUGA